AUGUCGGAUAGGAAAAAAAGUGAAGUUUGGUUGCAUUUUACUGUGGUCAAUAGUGAAAAAGCUAAAUGUGAUAUUUGUAAGAAUGUGUUAUCUUAUAAAGGCGGGGCGACUUCAAAUCUACAAAAACAUUUAAAAGCAAAACAUUUUUCUACGCUCAAUGAAAAUGAGACUACUUCUCAACAUCAACAAUCUCAAUCGGCCAGGACGACUACUGACGAGGCUGGGGCAGGUCCUUCAAGUGCUCCAGGUGUAAGACAUGACGACAGUACUACCAAGAUUUCUUUACAAUCUCAAUUGGCCGAAGUACCUACACGUAAACUUGCACAAACCAAAAUGUCGGCUUUUUCUGUACGCCCAGCAUCUGUGUCUAGAACAAAAAUGCUAAAUGGAAUGGUCCUAAACAUGAUUUUACAAGAUCUUCAACCAUUUUCUGUAGUCGAGGAUAAUGGAUUUAGAGCCCUAAUAGCUGUCCUUGAUCCUUCCUAUCAACUACCAUCAAGAACAACUUUUAGUCGUGAUUUGUUGAAUAAAAAAUAUGAUGACGUUGUAUUGAGAGUGAAAUCUUUAUUAAAUGAAGCAGAGUAUAUAACACUUACAACUGACACUUGGACAUCACGUUCUGUUGAAAAUUACAUGGCAGUAACUGCACAUUAUGUGACUAGGGAGUGGACACAAAAAUCACUAUUACUGGGUUGCUUUCAUUUCCAAGAAAGUCAUACAGCUGAAAAUAUUAGAAAUAAGUUAUUGCAAAUUUUAAAUGAAUGGAAUAUUGCUGAUAAAAUAGUAGCUGUAGUAACAGACAAUGCAAGAAACAUAACAGCCGCAAUAAAGCUAACUGGUUGGCCAAAUCUGCCAUGUCUGGCACACACAUUAAAUCUUGUGGUUCAAGAUUCUUUAAAAUUAUUAGAACCAUUACAGAAAAAAGUUAAAAAAUUGUAG